CUUGCGGUUAGCAAAGGAAGACAAGCCUUGCUAUUCACCAGGACGGCCAAGCACAACCCUGAAUUUGAAACCAGUGGCUACUGGUGGGCUUUUCUGCCUUCUUCUUUUAAGUUACUCUCCUAGCCAGUCCCGUGAUUUUCCUGCCGCCCCCUGUGAUUUCUCCUGCUCCCGGCACAUCCUGGGAAGAGUACCUUUUUUUUUCUUCCACCGGAGAUGCCUGCCCAGUAUGUCCAGUAUAAGAGGAUAAAGUUUCCCUGUGGCUAUAAUUCAGUGGAAAGCCUUCAAGUAGCUGAGAAUGAGUUUCAAGUGCGAGAUGAUGAUAUCUUCAACGUCACUUACCCUAAGUCUGGGACAGUGUGGAUGAUUGAGAUUCUCAGCCUGAUUCUCAAUGAGGGUAACCCAGUCUUAAAUCAAAGUGUCCUAAAUUCCCUCCGUGCUCCCUGGUUCACCACCCAAUUAGGCCUGGAAACUGCACACGAUCUCCCAUCUCCACGUCUGCUCACUUGCCAUCUCCCUAUUCAGAUCUUCCCCAAAGCCUUUUUCCGCUCCAAAGCCAAGGUGGUAUACACACUACGAGACCCCCGAGAUGUGCUAGUGUCCUACUAUCAUUUCUCCAAGAUGUGCAUUCCCUUUGGAGAGCCCAAAUCCUUUAACCACUUCUUUGAAAGUUUUCUGAAUGGAGAAGUACUUUUUGGAUCCUGGUUUGACCACAUCACUGGCUGGCUGAAGCUGAAAGGCAAAAGUAACAUCUUCUUCAUCACCUAUGAACAGCUGCAGCAGGAUCUGCGUGGCAGUGUGGAGCAUCUCUGCCGUUUCCUAGGGAAGGAGUUGGAUGAGGCAGCCAUCACAUCUGUGGUACAAAAUGCCUCCUUUGAAGCUAUGCAGAAGAACAACAUGUGCAACUCAACCAUGCUGCCAAAAGAAGUAAUGGACCAAGAGAAGGGGACUUUUCUGAGGAAAGGCAUGUGUGGAGACUGGAAGACUCAUUUCACUGUGGCACAAUCAGAAUGCUUUAACAAAGCUUACCAGGAAAAAAUGCAGAACUUGAAAGAAAUCUUCCCUUGGCAACCAGGUGGGCUGGAAGGCAACAUAGCAAGAAGCCUUCAUUUCUGAACCCAAGGAUGCUGGAACUCAACCCUUCUUCCCCCCCCCCCCACGAAAUUAUACACUGUGACAAAAAAAGCCCCUUUCCCUAAUCUGAAACUUCUGAAGCCUUGCAGCUCUGGGCACUUACAACAGCGAGGAAGGAAAUUUGCACAUGCUCAGAGGCACACGUGUUCCUGGGAGUCAAUUGUGAAGGCACAUUAUAAUGCAGAGCACAUGGCAUGUUGCGUGGAGGCAAAUGCUGCAGUAACAUUCCUCCAGUUAAGCAAACCACAGGUCAUGGUGUGGGGAACAGUUUCUCAAUGUGCUUCUUUAAAAACAACAACAGAGGUUAUUGUGAGGCAAACAGCGAACAGCAAAUGAAAGCAAGAAUGUGCCACCCUCAGAGGAGAAAAAAGCUGGGGAGCGGAGGUUUAAAAUCUAUAUAUAUCACUGAAGACUGGAAUAGUUUAAGUCAGCCGUACAACCAUGAUUGUAUUUGGGACUCGACUGGCAGCUUUUCUAGUAUCCCAUGUGGGAAAAGGAUUCUCCUGGACGCUCAUUAAACUAAACUGAGGGGAGUACCAAUGCAUGCGGUAGAUCCCUGAAGGGAUGAACGUGGUUGGGAGUUGAGGAAAUGAUCAGAAAAGUUUUUUUCCCUACUUACUUAACGAAAAAAGCUGGAAUAAGAAAGAAAGGCUGUGGAAAAACCACGGAACAGGAGGGGCUGGCCUGUCGCUGGCAGGAAAUGAGUGGACCUGCAAAGGGAAACUGGGGUCCUGACGAGGAUGGUGGAAAGCUGAUCCAAACUAAUUAGCUGCCUUCCCUCGCUAUAUGUUUUUAAUAAAAA